AUGGCUGCCGAAGCUGCGAAGCAAUGCAUUGGUGUGGCCUGCGAAAAAGAUGCUGGCACUCUGCAGUGUCCGACCUGUCUGAAGCUGGGUAUAAAGGACAGCUUUUUCUGUUCGCAGGAUUGCUUCAAGAAGAGUUGGAGCUCCCACAAAGCCAUCCACAAGACCAAGGGUAACUUCUUCCGUAAUCUCAUAGCCCCGAGAGUUGUCUCUAAACCCAACACAGCGGGUCUCUAUGAUCCAUUCCCCGGCUUCGAAUAUACCGGUCCUCUGCGCGCUGUCUACCCUCUCUCCGCGCCCCGCAAAGUACCCAAAUCGAUACCGCAUCCCGACUAUUGGAAUGAUGGUGUACCGAAGAGCGAGAACACAUUUUCAGGCCGGACGAAGAUUGAUAUUCUGGAUAAGGAAGCCCAGGCGGCUAUGAGAAAGGUGUGCCGGAUGGCGAGAGAGGUGCUGGACAUUGCGGCGGCAGCGGCUGUGCCUGGUGUGACCACGGACUACAUUGACGAGAUUGUGCACAAUGCAUGCCUGGAAAGAGAGUCAUAUCCCUCGCCAUUGAAUUAUGGCAAUUUUCCCAAAUCCGUUUGCACGUCCCUAAACGAAAUCAUCUGCCACGGCAUUCCCGAUCAGCGAGUCCUGGUAGACGGUGAUAUCCUCAACAUCGACGUCACAUUAUACCAUGGUGGCUACCACGGCGAUUUGAACGAAACGUACUACAUCGGCGACAAAGCAAAGGCAGACCCCGACAGCGUUCGAGUUGUAGAAGCUGCGCGAGAAUCACUAAACGAAGCUAUCAAAGCUGUCAAGCCCGGAGGACUGUUCCGAGAAUACGGCAACAUUAUCGAGAAAUACGCCAAGUCAAAAAAGUGCAGUGUAAUCCGAUCAUAUUGUGGACACGGCAUCAAUGAUAAGUUUCACUGCCCGCCCAAUAUCCCGCACUAUGCCAAGAAUAAGGCUGUGGGUGCCGCGAAGGAGGGUAUGUGCUUCUCGAUCGAGCCUAUGAUUGCGCUGGGCAGCUAUAGGGAUAAGACUUGGCCCGAUGAUUGGACUAGUGCUACGGUGGAUGGGAAGAGAACAGCCCAGUUUGAGCAUACUCUCUUAGUGACGGCUGAUGGUGUUGAGGUGUUGACUGCAAGACUUCCCAAUUCUCCCGGAGGACCGAUCGCUAUGCCAGUAGUGGAGGCAACGAAUGGAGAUAAGAAGAUCUAG